AUGCCUUCAGCCUCGCCACCCGUCCAACCUUCCAAGAUGGCUGGGGUGAGCAAGCCUCGGCUUGAUUGGGGGACCCACAAGGACGCCAUCAUCCAACUGUAUCAGGAGAAGACGAUGGCCAAGAUGAUGUCCGAGAUGAAGGCCAGAGGUUUCGACGCGUCGCGGAGACAGUAUUUCAACAAACUUCAACAGUGGGGCGUGCGGAAGUACUCGCGCAAACCAGCCCUUUCUCCACGCCAGUCGGACUUGGCCCGUGAGAUGCGUUCCCUCGAUGCUCAAACCAGCCUGACCACCAACCGCCGUUCACCAAGACCUUCGGAAAGGAUAUUCUUUACAUGCCGCGCUGCUCCCUGCGGACGAUGGCAACUUUGGCGGAACGACACUCGCACCGGCAUGCUCCGCCACCAAGGCAUAUCAACCGCUUUGCGUCGCAGCCCGAUCCCCGGCCCGAGCCAACAUCACGAGCUGCUGUGCCAGGCCCGAAAGCUCGAGGCAAAAAUGGUCUUCGACCUCAGCAAGCUCGACCUCGACGACCCUCGCGUGGUCUCAGGAUCAGCCGAUGCAUCGUUCCAGUGGUACGACGAAUGGGGCGAGGAGGCCGGUUAUUUUUCUCUUCCCGGCCACCCGCGACGCGAUCCGGGCAGAACCUCUGCCAGGCCGACGGAGCGGCGGACGCUUGCGCAGUGCAUGCCGGCCGAGAUGGUGGUGUUCGCGAAAGCCCUCUUGCCCAUCUGGGAGGCUUUUCUUGCGGCUGGAGCCCGCAGGCCGGGGCUGCUCCUCGGUGGGGAAAACAUCCAAAACAUUAAGCAGGCUUUGGAUACGCUCGUGGGGGUUUUUGAAACCCUGUCGCUGUUCCUCUCGCCGUUCAGCUCCAGGGACAGCAGAGAGACCUACGUCCUCAGCUUGUGCGUCUUGCUCUGGAUGAUGCGCAUCAUGGAGCAGGCAGUUGGGGAGAAAGUCGUUGAGCGGGACCGGUUGUGGGGGCUGAUUGAUGGCGUGGAGGACAAACUCAUAGUCUCACUCGUAUGCGAACAGUCCGCAGGGACUUCCGCCCCGGUAGGCUUCUCGCCGCAGAUAUGUGCAGUCAACAUGCCUGACCUCUAUCUUCCUGGACUUGCCUUGAGUGAUCCGAACGAGAGCACCACGCGUAUGCUCGAUUCAGACGUGUCUUGGUGGGAGAAAGACCAUUCUUGUAUCCCGAGGAUAUCUGAAUCAGAGGGAGACGAUGCCGAGGGUUUGGGGCUGGGAGGCUCUGUCGAUGGCUUAUUGAACGAUACGUCGUUCCCAACGGGUGACAUUUCCUUAGGGGGCUAUGGCCUAUAUUUGGAAUGA